CACUUGCUCUUGCUCGCCUUCAUCUUCAAUACACGCUCUCCGAUCACCACUUCUCUCCACUCCCUUCCUUCCAGUUGUCAAUCUCGAGAGAGGCCAUCAAAUACAAGGGUCUAUUCGCCAUGGCCGCUCUUCGCGCAGCUUCGCGCCUGGUCGCGCCUUCUCGGUCGGCUUUCCGACCUUCCAUUGCUGCGAGAUCCUAUGCCACAGUUACCGAGAGCUCAGUCUACGAUACGUCUGCCAGCCGACCCCCUACGUCUGCUUCUCAGACCACCACCGUGGAGGAGCCGACUCCUAGCAAAGAUGCAAAGAUCAAGACUUUCCAGAUCUACCGAUGGAACCCAGACGAACCAACCUCAAAGCCUCGGAUGCAGACAUACACACUGGAUUUGAACAAAACAGGGCCGAUGAUGCUGGACGCCUUGAUCAGAAUCAAGAACGAGGUUGAUCCGACGCUUACCUUCCGACGGAGCUGUCGAGAGGGUAUCUGCGGUAGCUGCGCCAUGAACAUCGAUGGAGUCAACACGCUUGCUUGUCUUUGCAGAAUCCCUACCGACACAGCAAAGGAGUCUAGAAUCUAUCCCUUGCCUCACACCUACGUGGUCAAGGACCUGGUGCCGGACUUGACCCAGUUUUACAAGCAGUACAAAUCUAUCAAACCCUACUUGCAAAGAGACACAAAGACAUCAGAUGGCAAGGAAUACAGACAAUCGCGAGAAGACAGAAAGAAAUUGGACGGUCUUUACGAAUGCAUUCUCUGCGCAUGCUGCUCCACUUCGUGCCCAUCAUACUGGUGGAACAGCGAUCAAUACCUUGGACCUGCCAUCCUUCUGCAAUCAUACCGAUGGCUCGCCGAUUCCCGUGAUCAGCGAACGGCGGAACGAAAGGAAGCUUUGGACAACAGCAUGAGCUUGUACAGGUGUCACACUAUUUUGAAUUGCUCAAGGACGUGCCCGAAGGGUUUGAAUCCGGCAAAAGCUAUUGCAGAAAUCAAGAAGAUGAUGGCUACUUCGUAGUCCAAGCAGGCUGGUUUGAGCUAGGAUACGCUGGACAAUACGAGUCCAGGAGCGCUUCAUUGAUGUUUGAGUUAGGCACCCCAGGGAAUCCCGUUGUUGUAUACAAUACAUAUGUUGAUGACUGA